CUUCCGCCCCCCCCCCCCCUGGUCCUUGCCCCUCCUCCCUCCGAUCACCACCACCGCAUCCUGGAUCGACACCGCCCCCCGUCUGCCAAGCCCACAGCAUGACUUCCAGCGAUGUGCCGGCCAGCUCGGCUGCAGCCCCCGCGGAAUUGCCCUUCAUCGCGGCCAUGGUGCCCCUCUUUGCGCGGCUGCUGGAGGAUGUUCACCCGAGAACGGUGGUCCCAGCGGCCGCCGGGCCCGCCACAGCCGAAGUGCGCUUGGCCUUUGUCUUCGAGCCAAUUCGCCUGGCCGAGCUGCCGGUCGAGGGCGCCGCCGGCCAUGCUGAAGCCACUGGCACGCCCGAUGUCGGGGGGUCAUUCGCCGAGAGUGCUCUCACCGGGCAGCCUACCGACACCGAUGCCUUCCGUCUGACCGUGCUGGCCCUGCAAGCGGCCGGCGCGGGCUCGGCAAUCACCCUGGUUGCCGGUUUGACCGCGCGGAUUUAUGGGCCGGCCUGCCGAUUCCCGCCCAACCGGGGUCUCGUUCACCUGGAGAUGGUCGACACCACGGGGUGUGGGCACCCUGCCACGGCAGUCGGCGAGCCGGUCCUGCCGGCGCUUAAGUCCGCCAUUUGCCAGGGCCUGACGGCCGCCUUCAUUGGGGCGUGUGCCUUGCCAGCCUUCGGCCUGCGGAUCGUGCGUGUUCACGCCCGACCGGCGCCGUGGUACCUCUUCCCUCAGAGUGAUCUAAAUCCUCGCAAGUUCCGGCAAACCACCCAUCGUAAGCUGUCCCCGAUCCGCCUGGCCGAGUGGUGGGGACAGGUGUUGAAGCUGGUCGAGCAGAUCGGCGCGCUGGGCUUUGGACGGUGCUUCCAUGCGCUGCCCGAUGUGAUGACCAUGCGACUUCGUCGGACCCUGCCAGCCAAGAUGGGCAUCGGCUUUGCUUGCAGCACUCCGGGCGACAGCACCACCACGGACGCCACCUGGGCCUCCAACUGGUUUGGUGGGCCGGAAGACGCCGGGUCACAGCCACUGCAGGAGCGCCUCGGCCCUGAUGACGCCUUGGCCAAUGCCACCAUCGCCGCCGAUCGCGCUCCCCCCCUGAAGCAGGCCAUCAACUCGGUGCUGGCUGGCGGGGACUCCGUCCUCUUUGUCAUGGCCCUCCAGUCCUCCCAGUCAGAGGGCCAGCCGCACGGUGGCAGCCAGGCACUCGUCAGGCCCCUGGGUGUCGAGGAUCUGUCCUCUUUGGGAGUCCUGCCGCACUUCACCCCGGUCUCCAGCCCACUGGCCGGGGACUUUUCCUCGGUCGAAGCAUGUGAAGCAGCCUCUGACCGGUUCUGGCGGCAAGUCUCCGGUCUGCUGGACCACCAAUCCGAUCAAUCGGAUCCCCCCCUUGGGCCCAUGUGCCUCCUUGCGACAUCGAAUGUGCGACUGACCUUCCGUCGGGAGGCGGCCGAGGCGGCUUCGGCCGAUUCCCGCGCGCAGCCAAUUAGCACGCUCACCGUGCGCAAGAAGCCACGGACCGCUUGAGACGCGAGUCACACAAAAAGGAUCAACAUGCACAAUCAGUA